AUGGCUCUCAACAUCCCCGGUCUUAUCUCCAUAAUACUUUUCUACAUAUUAACUCUAGCCAUCGGCAUAUGGGCAGGAUGGAGGACCAAAAGGCUACGGAAGGAUGGAAAUCAGACGGAAGUUGCCAUAGUGGGGGGCAGAAGGAUGAAUAUGUUCCUUGGUUUUUUCACCAUGACUGCAACUUGGGUCGGCGGAGGCUAUGUUAAUGGAACGGCUGAAAUAAUCUACCUUCCAGGAAGGGGGCUGAUAUGGCUUCAAGCCCCGCUAGGAUAUGCAUUAGGACUUUCAUUAGGUUCUCUAUUCUUUGUUACUCCAAUGAGAUCCAAAAAGUAUCUGACAAUGAUGGACCCUUUUCAGGAAUCCUACGGAAACAUCAUGACUGGUUUUCUCUUCAUCCCCGCGCUGAUAGGAGAUAUUUUCUGGUUUGCUGCCAUUCUAUCUUCUCUGGCAUCAGCGGUGAGCGUCAUCAUGGAUAUCCAGAAUUACCUGUCCAUAUUAUUGUCUGCCGGCAUCAUUAUUACAUACACCUUAUUCGGAGGUCUGUAUUCCGUAGCAUACACAGAUGUGAUACAGCUUCUCUUUAUAAUACUUGGCUUGUGCCUUUGUGUACCCUUUGCUAUGCUGAACUCAGCCACUCAAAGUAUCUUCUACACCGCAACCCAAAAAGUCUUCCAAACUCCAUGGAUCGGAAAAAUGGACACGCAGUACAUGGGAGUGUGGUUAGAUGAUAUGUUGUACAUUAGUCUUGGGAGCAUUCCUUGGCAGAUUUAUUUUCAGAGGGUCCUCUCUGCCUCUACAACAACUCAAGCCAAAGUGACAUCCUUACUCAGCGCAGUUCUCACCAUGCUCCUGGCUAUACCGUCCGUUUUGGUCGGAGCUGUAGCAGUUUCAACAGACUGGAAUCAGACCAGCUAUGGUCUACCCACACCGUAUGAAAGAGAUGAGGCCGGUAUGAUAUUGCCUAUUGUGCUCCAGCAUCUGUGUCCUUCUUAUGCGUCAGUGGCUGGCCUCGGAGCUGUCGCAGCCGCUGUAAUGUCUUCGGCAGACUCAACUCUUCUGUCAUCCAGCUCUCUGUUUGGUUAUAACAUCUAUAAAAGAAUCAUAAGAAAACAGGCUUCAGAAAAAGAAGUCAUGGUGAUCAUGAGGUUGUCUACUGUUGUUCUUGGAUCCAUUGGGGCUGGCAUGGCUUUCCUUUCCAACUCGGUGUAUGACUUGUGGUUCACAUGCGGGGAGUUGGUAUACACUCUUGUUUUUCCCCAGCUGGUUUGUGUCCUGUUUAUACCUAGAACUAACACUUAUGGAUCAGCUGCCGCUUUCUUACUUGGACUGGUAUUAAGGCUUCUGGGAGGCGUGGAUUCACUGAAAGUCCCACCGGUCAUCCAUUACCCGUGGUGCACCCUCAUCGAGGGCGUCUACAUCCAACUCUUUCCGGUCAAAACAUUCACAAUGCUGACCACACUGCUUACUCUUGUUGUGGUGUCUUACACAUCAGAGGUUUUGUUUAAAAAGUCUUUCCUACCAGCACGCUGGGAUAUUUGCAACAUCAUAAAUGCCAAGGACGCUCUCCCAAAACCAUCUACAGAAGUAGAACUUUUGCAGAUAACUAACAGGAACCUCCAUCAACCUAAUGCCCACGACUGA